UUGUUAAGAUAUUAACUAGAACGAUGUAUCAAAGUGGUAGUAGCAUGUGUUUGCUUAAAUAUUGAAUAGAUUUAUUUAAAAAUCUGGAAUUAUAUAAAACCGAAACGAAAUACAAUCUAACAUUCUUUUCAAAAUGUCAGCCAGACAAGAGAAAGACGUAUAUGAAAAUUGGGAAGAAAUCGACGAAUCUUGUCUAGAAAAUAAAUUAAAUAGCAUUAUAAAUGGUGAUUCAAAAAUAACAGAAAUGACGAAUGUGGGGCCAUUGAAAAUGAUUUUAAUGGGAGAUGAUGCCUAUAGAACGCACCCACCAGAACCUACUGUCAAAAUUCUCAAACGACCUAGUAAAAGUCCACACAGUGCUAUAAUCCAAGAAAGUAAACCCAGAGCUCCAAUUAAAACACUACAACAAAGGGAACAAGAAUAUGCAGAGGCGAGAUUACGAAUUUUAGGUUCUGCUAAAAGUCCGGAAGAAAUAAAUGAACCCAGUGUAAAUGGUAGUCAAAGCAAGUCUGAAAUCACAAUGUCCAAUGAUAAUAGCACUAGAAAUUCACAAUGGAAUAAUCAUAAUCACAUACAAUUUUCAGCCACAAAAUCACAAGAGUGUAUUGUGAGACAACCGACAGGACCAGAUGGUACAAAUGGUUUUAACAUGCGGCGGUAGUGGUUAUUAUUUAUUUUACACAUAAAUCAAAAUUUUAUUUAUGUUUCGUAUUAAGAAUAUCAUGGUUUGUUUGAAUAUAUUUGUGCAUGCACCAUUAUUUCCUUGAUAUAAAUAUAUAUUCUAACAUUCAAGAUUGUAAUUAGAAAUUAUCUUUUUUUAUUAUUUUUAAUUCAUUAUGUGAAAG